CGUCAUUUUUCUCAUUUGUGUCAAAAGUGCUAAACAUGGCGGCGGACGGUGACGAAGUGAUUAGUGAUCAGGAAAAAGUUAGAAUCGUUUCAGAUUUUAUUCUCCAUUCGCCGCCCGGUGAAUUCAAUGAGGUGUUUAACGAUGUGAGGGUGCUAUUGAAUAACGAUAGCCUAUUGAAGGAGGGCGCGAGCGGGGCGUUCUCACAGUACAACAAGGACCAGCUCACGCCCGUGCGGCUGGAGGAGGCGGAGCUGCACACUCUAGUGACCGAUCACAACGAGCUAAGCGGAGGACGGUUCUUCGAUCCGCGGAAUAAGCGCUCGUUCAAAUAUGAUCACCUGCGUAAGGAGGCUUCCGAGUACGAGCCCUACGAGCCAGAUCGCGUCGCGGAGCCGUGGCGCGCGGCGCUGGACGAAGAGCUGACAGCGUACGUGGCGGCACACUACAAGCACGGCGCCAGCCUUGUGGUGGGGCGCGCGCUCGAGUCAGGUGCCGUGUCGCUCGUUGCCUGCAUCGAGGACCACCAGUUCCAACCCAAGAACUACUGGAACGGCCGCUGGCGCUCGGUGUGGUCGCUGACCGUGGGCGGCGGCGCCGCCGAGCUGCGCGGCGUGCUGCGCGUGCAGGUGCAUUACUACGAGGACGGAAACGUCCAGUUAGUCAGCUCGAAAGAGGUCCGCGCGCCCAUAGUCGCCAAUAGCGAGACUGCGACUGCCAAGGAGUUCGUGAAACUGGUCGGCGAGGCCGAGAACGCGUAUCAGACCGCGAUAUCCGACAACUACAAGACGAUGAGCGACACGACGUUCAAGGCGCUGCGGCGACAGCUGCCCGUGACGCGCAGCAAGAUCGACUGGGCGCGGCUCGUGUCGUAUUCCAUUGGCAAGGAGCUGAAGAGCCAAUGAUGUCUCGCCGCUGCGCUCUGAGCCGCAGCGGGCGCUCCGCGUCUCUGUACAUAUUCGCGUAAGAGUAAAUCUUGUUCAAAUGUUUACGGGCUCCGGUUCUCCGGUGCGUAUUUAUCUAUGAUUAUAUAGAGAAAUCGCUAUCGUAACUGUUAAAUUUUAUUGCAUUUUGUUACUGAAAGCAAGGUAUCACUGACAGUUUUGAGUGACUGGUUGUGGUCUUACGUCUUAAUUUGGUAAUUGUUGCAAGAAUAUUAAAAGGCUUAUGGUACUAGGAUGAUUUAAAUGUCAGUAUUUAUACUAAAGACCUGUAGAGAUCGUACUGACAUAAACAUAUUAAUAACAAGGUCAGACUGCCACUUAGUAUAUGUGUCAUUUCAUGACCAAAAGUUAAAUUUCAUUGGUUGUUUGUAAGGCUAUGUGCAUAAAAAUACAAUUAGAAAUCACCCUUAUUAGCAACAAAUGAAGUAAUCACUUUUAGUCAGAAAUGUAACAGGUAUUACCUGCCUUUAAAUUAAGUAUGACUCAUAAGGUGGGUCAGCAAUUAAUCUGGGAUUGUAUUUGAUUAUGUGUAUGAUUUACAUUUAAUGUUUGCUUUAACACUUCAGAUUAUUUUUGUAAACAAUUAAAUAGGUAGAAAAGAUAUGCCUGAUAAUAUAACAAUGCAGCAAUGCUUUUAUGUCUAACUUAAUUCCACUAACAGAGUUUUGUGCAUUUAACAAAAGCUUAAAGAUUAACCUCUCAUGUGCCGGGAUUAUUUUUUGUAAUAGUUUCCGGAAUUUUCUAAUUCGCGGAUCCGUGUUCCGGCAUUCAAGAGCGAGACCUAAUAUAAUAUUCAUACUAUUUUUGUGAUGCAACUGGAAUCAAAAGUACAUGAAAUAUUAAUGAUUAAUGAUAUAAAAUAAAAGUCAGAUCUUUACAGGGCUGAAGUGUCAAACUAUUUAGCUGAUGGAGAGGUCAGAAACAUUGUUAUGUGAGCAAUAUGAACAAAUUCUUCUAUUACUUUAUGCACAUUGUCAAUUAUCAGUAAAUAUUAGUUUUUAUUAUAUCCAAUUGUAAAGAGCAUAAGAGCAUAGCUAAUUAUUUCACAUUUUUACAGCAAAAGUGAGAAAAGACAUCAAUGCUAAGAGAUUAACAGUCAGAAAACAAAUGUUUUUUUUACUUUUAUGUAGAGCCCGCCUCGUUAUAAAUAAUUUUCUGUUGGCUAAAUAAAAUUAUGGCAUUUAAGAAGUUAAUGUUGCUCGCAUGACAGGGCCUACAGAGUGUAUUGAAAAUCUGCUUCGUCUAUCUUCCUCUGUUGCUUGAAUAUGUAAGUAACAGAAAAUUGAUGAUUAUUUUAAUAUCUAUGUUAGCGGUAGACAGCAAGGAGCUAUAGAUGGUUUCAAUGGUGCAUUUAAUUAUAGUUAAUUAAAAAAAUUGUCCAUGUAGCUUUAAAGCCACAUUGAGCAUAAUUAAUCCAAUAUUUUUCAAUACAACGGGAGAGUUGCUCAAGCGAUGGAAAAUUCAGUAAAUUAUUGUCCGUACUUUGCUUCGAGAGGAAGCAAACAUUUCUUUUUAUAAGUAAUUAUAUGCCGGUAAGGAUUAUUUUGUAAUUAUUAUAAUUAUUUUAAUAAAGAACGUACAUUUAAAAUUCAAGUAUUCUGUAAUGUAUGAUUGAAUUCAUUUGAAUAAAAAUAUAUAUUAAAAUGUUGCUAACUA